UGGACGAGCAUGCACCAUCGUGGUGAAAUAAGGACUUCUGACGCCUUUGACUUCCGUCACCCGGACAAUUAUCCGUUCUACGCUAGUGACACCAUGGAGCGGAUGGAUUGGCCGCUGCUGGGACCCAUGAGUUUGCGCACCGCAGUCAUUUACAACGAACCAGAAGAGGCUGUCGAGUUCAUUUGGGCCAAGGGACCAGUGGUCUACAUGUUCGGAUCACUAGAGAUGUUGCAGCAGGUCAUGCGCCUGGCAGAGGCUGAGAACAUGACCAACGGUGACUACGUCUUCUUCUACCUGGACCUCUUUGAGGAGAGCCUUAAGGCUGAGGGGCAUCGUGAGGCAGCCAAGCCCUGGCAGAGCAAGGAGGGUCAGGAUGGGGGAGGCCUCCGAGAGGCUUUUCAGACGGUGCUGGUGAUCACUUCCUAUGCGCUUCAGACUCGUGAAUACCAGCGUUUCCACAGCGAGGUGCUCCUGCGUGCCCAGAAAGACCAUGGCGUGGUCCUCAAUGUCUCACUGGGGCAGAACUUGUUGGCUGCCUGCUACCACGAUGUGCUGCUCCUGUAUAUCCGGGCACUGAAUGAGACGCUGCGUGAAGGAGGAACCAAGCGGGACACCAGCCGCAUCCUGGAAAAGAUGAAGGACCUGAAAAUCCAGGGUGUCACUGGGACAGUGAGCAUUAGCAGUGAAAAUAUCCGAAAAAUGGAUUUUGCGAUCUGGACCAUGGCGGAUGUGGAAAGUGGAGAAUAUCAGGUGGUGGGUCAUUACGUGGCAUCAGAGAAGCAGAUCCAGUGGAUGGGGCCAAUUCAUUGGAAGAAGGGGGGGCCUCCUCUCGACAACUUUUCUUCUGUCUCUGACAUGAAUGACACCUCUUAUGCUCCACCAAAAGCUUCAAGUGAGGAUGACAGCAGUGGCGAGGAGGGAAGAGAGGAAAGUGAGCUGGGCCCUGGCGAAGGGACCUCCCGCUCUUCACCGGCGCCAGCUGGGACACGGGGACCGGUGCAUGGGCCAGCCUCAACAGAGGGAUUGACAUUUGACAAUUGCUUUCUAAUCAUGAGAGAUCUACAGUGGCGCGUUGCAAGCAUGGAGGCUGCGCAUAAGAGGUUCGAGGCGACACUGAAUGAGCUGAGGGAGGGCCAGGAGCGCAUGGAGGCUGCUCUAAACUCCCUAAAGUGUUUCUGUAUGGAGCGGCUGGGCCCCAUGGGCGCGGCCGUAUUGGGGGACCAGCCAUGAACAAUGGGUGCAGGGUGUCCUCCGGCAGCUUUGCAGGGUUUUGAGUGUUGGGUGGGUAGUGGGGUUGGCAUUGUUUGUAAGCUUCCUAUUAAUACAUUUCCCUGUUUUUCACUAUUCUUC